GCUCAGUGCAAUGUCCCGGACCUGGCGUCCUUGACCCCGGCCCACCGUGAAAUCCUGCCGAAUCUCCACAUGCACCGCGGCAAAUUCCCCCAUGUUCGGCAAGAGGACAAUUUCUGCCUCCGGUGCAAAGGGUAUUUGAGCACCAAGAAGUCGGGCCACUACAAGUUCUACACUGCCUCAGACGAUGGCUCUUUGCUGUACCUGAACGGGGCUAAGGUCGUCGACAACAACGGCUGCCACGGUGAACGUGAGAGGUCAAGCGAGGACAAGUACCUUUCCGCGGGUACCUACGAGCUGGUGGUAGAAAUGUGCGAAAAGGGUGGCGGCGAGGCUUUCAAGGUGCGCUAUGAGGGACCAGAUACCGGUGGCUCCAAGGUCACGGUGCCCGCAUCUGCUCUCAAACACGAACACAAGCGCUUGGCAGAAGGCCUGGAGUGUGACUACUUCUACGACCAAGCUCGGUGCUAUGUCCCGGACCUUGGAGGUUUGACCCCCUCGCACAGCGCAGUUCUGCCGAACAUCUACAUGCACAAUGACAAGUUCCCGCAUGUUAUUCAAGACAACAACUUCUGCAUCAGGUGCAGCGGCUAUCUGAGCACAAAGAACUCGGGCAACUACAAGUUCUACACUGCCUCUGACGACGGCUCCCUCCUGUACCUGAACGGCGAAAAAGUCGUCGACAACAACGGCUGCCACGGUGAGCGUGAGAGGUCCAGCCAACAGAAGUUCCUUGGACCAGGUAUCCACCACCUGGUGGUGGACAUGUGCGAAAAGGGUGGCGGCGAGAACCUGAAGAUGCGAUAUGAGGGACCAGAUACCGGUAAUUCCAAGGUUGCGAUACCCGCAUCGGCUCUCAAGCACGAGGUGAAGCCUUUCUAUGCGGACGGCCUGGAUUGUGACUACUUCUACGGCAAGGCUCAGUGCGACGUCCCGGACCUCGC